ACAACAACGAUGAAGAGAGCUCGCGACCAGAGUAGCACGAUUGUAGACACGGGGAAUCAUCACGCCGUCGUGGGCCCUGCCCGCGCCGCGGCCUCUCCCGCCGUCGUCCCCGACGGCGGCGCGCGCGUUUCGGAGACGACAACAUCAAAGCCGACCCUCCUCCCCCCCCCCCCCCCGAUACAGCCCUUCUCUGACGACUCCGACGACGCACGUCCCGCCGGCGAUGCGUUGUCAUCGUCGUCGUCGUCUUCCUCAUCCUCAGCCGGUGGCUCCGCCGCCGCCGAAGAGGGUAGAAGGAAGAGAGCGAAGAGGGAGCCACAGCAGGAGCUGGAAGGGUGGAGAGCUGCGGCCAACGCUAUUUUGUCGGCGGGAGUAAAGGAGGAUGGGGCGGGUAGUAGAAGUAGUAAGGGAGAGAGCAGCGGCAGCUCGAGGAAGAGCUUCGCCGUGGUGUGCUCGAGUAACGUGAACAGGAGUAUCAUGGCAGAGAUCUUGCUCAAGGAGCACGACAUACGGGCUCAAUCGUACGGGACGGGCAGAGAGGUGAGGCUUCCUGGCAAGGACUCCAAGAGCCCGCAGUCGUUCCCGUUCGGGACUCCGUACGUCGAGAUUCGCGACUUUCUCGCUCGGCAAAACGAGGCGCUGUUCCGUCGCAACAGCGUCCUCGGCCUGCUCGAGAGAAACGCUACGACAAAGCGCGCCCCGGAGAGGUGGCAAUCCCUCGACGGCGAACAUGUCGCUUCGUUCGAUGUGGUGGUUUGCUUCGAGAGCCGAGUCUUCGAUCUGGUCGUUGAAGGUAUACUUACUUUUUUGUGUUCGUUAGGGGUCAAUAGCCGUUGUUGCGGUGGUAGAUGUCAUUGGAGCUCCUGCCGCUGGUCCUGGUGCGGCUCCCGUUGUAGGCGUAUGUUCGGUCUUGAGUGGAGCGGUUUUGGACGAGGCGGACAGAACGUCGCGGGAAGCGCGAGGAUAAGGAAUUUUUCGGUAGCACUCGGUGUUUGUGAGCUGGCAUAUGUGACGCUGGGCGUCGGGGUUGAGAUGGAUUUGUGGAGGCAGCCCCACAUGCAUGAUAUUUUACGAAAGAUCCUCCAGCGCGGCCCUUGGCCGUCGCUGGUACCUCUACCAUGUGAUGGUGCGAGCAUCGACAGCCCUUUGAACAUAUGCACAGGUACGGAAGUGGCCUGUCGGUGCCGGGCGUGCAGAUGCGUUCGUACAGAAAAGGUCCAUGGCUGCUGCAUGAGUAUAUGA